AUGGAUCGCUUCCAUCAAAUGAACCCUUUCGCCAAGCGGGACUCGCAUAGCGCGAGCUCGGUCGUCUGGUACAAGAUCCUGACGCUGGCCAGCUGGCUGCUGUCGGUCAUCGUCACCGUCUACUAUACCUUCGAGCCGCCGCACGACGGCAAGCACCAUCGCGGGACCAUCUGGCACCAGAACCGCGACCACCACUCGGGCUUCACCCUCAACCCUAUCAUCACGUCCAUCUACUGGAUCGUCCUCUUCGUUCUCCAGCUCGGGUACAUCUCGCACCUCUUCUCGUCCAAGACCGAGUCGGUCAACGCAGCAUGCGCUGUGGGAAGCCAUUUUAUCCUCAACAACCUCCUGCACUUCGGCUUCGUGAUGCUGUUCGUGCGGUCGCACUUUGUGUGGGGCGAGGUGCUGCUGCUGGUCAACUUUGCGAACCUGACGUCGCUGUACUUCCGGCACAACGCGUACGCGCGCUUCAUCCACCUGCCGGCCGUGUCGGGCCCGCUGGCCUGGACUUUUGUGGCCGUGUACUGGAACGGCGCCAUCAUGGUGCCGCACCAGAACAGCCUCGUCGCCCGCAUCUUCGCCAACAUCUUCGUGUGGUCCAUCCUGGCCUACGGCGGCUUCUUCAUCGUCUUGUACAAGGACUACACCAUGGGGUUCAAUCUCAGCGUGCUGUCGGCGUCGCUGGGAGUCGCGCAGUUCUUCCGCCAGGUCGUGGCGCUGCAGUGGAUCUUUGCCUUCACCAUCAUGGCCGUGCUCUUUCUACUGACCGUCGUCGUGGCCGUGCCUGCCUGGACCGGCAGGCAGGUGCCGUGGGGCGGCACCGCCGAGCGGAGGGAGCCCGAUGCCGAGCGCGCCCCGCUGCUGGCCGAGUAA